AUGUCUUGGUCCACUCGACAAGUCCGGACUGCUACAACAGCCCUCCCAUGGACGAAGGAUUUCCGCCAUCUGCAGUCCUUCCCGCGACACUGGCUGAAGCGGUUCAGCUUUGCGGACCAGAACAUCAAGGCGGCGAGGGUCAAGGACCGCAUAAAAUACUGGAACAUCGUACCAGGCGACCAGGUCCGCGUGCGCGGUGACGAGAGCGAGAGAAUUUUAGAGGUGUCGAGGAUCAACAAGCUCACGAACCGCGUAUACCUGAAGGGAAUGGGCGAGACGUCAUCGAGCCGGACUGGUGUCAAGAACGUGCACUACUCAAGGUGCCAGCUGUUCAUCGGGAAUCACGAAUUCCCGCCCAAGGGGAAUGCGAAGGAGCCGCGUGUUGUCCCGGUGUUUGCGACGCGUCUGGGCACCUCGCAGCCCCACUGGCUGCCCACGCACCAUCGCUAUGAGUGGGACCGCUUCGCGGCCGCCACGACCCCGCGACUUCCGGCGCAGACCCACCAGACGGACAGAGUGCGAAUCCCGUGGCCCAAGGUGGAGGAGCCCGUCCGAGCCCAACCUACGCGAUACGACACGACCGCCGAGGCGGUCACGGCCAUCACAUACAAGCCGUUUGCCCUCCCCUCCACCCUCAAGGCGCCCGUCCCAGAACUGGCAUACGAAAAAGGCUACAUCCAAUCGCUUUUCAACCCGCAGGCACGCUCGUUCGACGCCUCCGCGCCUGUCGAGGUGCACCUGCACAAGGAGCUCUCGAACCCGCACGGCAGGGCGAAGAAGCAGGCACGCUGGCAGGCAAGACGUGCGUGGCGACAGACGCUGCUGUCGGAUUAUGUCCGUGCGGAAAUGAAGGAGCUCAAGGGCCGCACGCGGGCAGAGGCGCGGGCGGAGGGGACGUGGAAGUGGAGCCAGAGGCUGGUGGACGAGCGGGCGGACGAGAGGAGGCGCCGGUGGAAGAGCCGGGGUGCGCAGACGCGGAUGGAGAGGCGGAAGGUGCGGAAGGAGAGGAAGGCGGUCAAGGAGGGCGAGAGGCUGAAGAGGCUGGUCCUGCACGAGGCGCCGAACCAGGUCAUCCCUCAGCCGCAGCAGUGA